AUGGUGGGCCAGCUUCGCUCGAAGCUUUGGAGUUGCACUUCGCUAGUUGAAGGCCAGGACUUCAUGAAGGAGCAACACCAAAAAGUGAAGCAGGAAAAGCUAGAGCUGAAUGCCAAACUGGAUGCACAUUUGCAGCACAUGAAGAGGCGCCUGGAGGAGCUGAAGCAGCUUAAGGCUUCGAGGUCAGAGGGCAGCAACGCGGAUGCUAGCACAUCCCCAGGAUCUGCUGGGUCUGUCAAUCAGGCACCAAGCUCACCCUCUCCUCCGAGCACCGGUGGGACAUUGGCUGAUAGAGUGCUGGGGCCAGCUCCAGAGAUGGUGGCCCCACCGACCAAUCAGCUAGCGAGUCUGAGCCUAGAGUCCGGGGACAGCCUUGAGGCCACAUUGCGUGAACCAACACCCCAGCAACCGACAAGGCGCCGGUUGUUUCAUGAUGAUGAACCAUGGAGCCAGGAUCGUCAACCUGACUUUGCGGGAAGUCCAGUGGGGAACGCUGGGGGCAAUGAGGCCUCAGCUGAGGCUACCAGAACCCCAGAACCGGAGCAUGAAGAGGAUGGCGCUGAGGAGGAAGAUGAGCCAAUGGAUGAUGCUGAAUUGUUCCGUCGGAUGCUGCAGCGGCAAGUGGUGACAGACACCCCCGAGAAGGAGGGCGACGUCACUCCGACGGAGCCUGAGGGGUCGGAAGAUGAAGGCUCUUCCGAUGAGUCCAGCUCUGGCUCUGAAGCUGGAUCGGGAGAGAAGGAAGAAGCCAAGCCAAUGUCAUGUUCUGAUCCAGUUUGGCUGAAGCAUGCUGCUCAAGUGCGACGCUUGUGCAAUCCGACAAGCAAGAGGCCGAAGAUUAGGGUUUCCGAGGAGCUUGCUAGAAGGUUCCUGCGUGGGACCAAGCAUGAGCGAGACCUGCUAAUCAAGAUGAUGAUGGAUCUCCAGGGAAAAAAGGAGGAGUUCGUCAAGGUGGCCGAGAAGUUUAUCGAGAGGGAGACCAAGAAGGGCGAGUACACCAUCAUUGCUGGCUUCUACACCGUUGAGGCCAUGAGGAAACGUAUCAAAGCUUGUGUGGCUUAUUGCAAGAAGCACCACUCCAAGAAGAACAUUCUUAUCAGGAAAGACAUGUAUGAGAAAGACAAGAAGGAGUACUGGGCCCACGUGUCCACCAACGGCAAAUUCACCCGCAUCAACGAGAAGAUAAAUUCUCGUGAGUAUACGGGCGACGAGGCAGCUAAGGAAGCACGAAAGGCAGCAAAGUCAUCCAAGGCAGAGCCGAGGGUGAUGGAGACGGACGAUGAGUCCAGCGACUCGGGUUCCGAGUCCAUCUCGAGCUGCAGUGUGCAGCCACGGACAUCGAAGAGAAAGCGCGAGAGUUCGAGUGCCAAGAAGCCAGCUAAGAAGAAAUCCAAGAAGAGCCCGAAGCAUACCCCAAAGAGUCGUAAGGGAAAGAACAAGAAGUUGAAGAAGUCGGCUCGGAAAUCAACAGACAAGAAAAGCCCGAAGCAGAAGAAAGAUAAGAAAGACAAAAAAGCGAAGGAAGAACCCGACCUGGAGGAAAAGCUUGAUAAGAGUAAAGCCAAGGAUGCCCAGAAGAAGAAGACAGAGCUGCAUGACAAGCAGCGAGAAGUGGAAAUGGUGUACGUGGACGAGGCCCUGUUGCUCUGGCUUUGGCGAAGGCUAGCUCCAGAGGUUUGCAACCGCCUGGUGUGUGAGAUUGCCCACAGCUUUUGGGCCGAGUACCGGGAAGCCACAGGAGUGGACAGCGAUGAUGAUAGUUUGGCGAGUGCGGCUGUAUUGAAAGCUAUGUCUCGCGCGAGCAAUACACGACAUGAGAACCAGACGGAGGCAUUGUACGUACAGCAAGGGCUCAGUGCUCCAAUCCCCAUUUCCAAGGUUGACCUCCCAGGACUUCCAGGCCAUCCCUACUUCAAGGUGGGCGAUUACCUCCGUGUAUUCACGGAGCAGGACAAGCUGCACCUGCUCAUGGGUGGGGAGGUGGACUUUGAUAAGAUUGCAACAUUUUGGCAGAGGUACCAGGCUGUGUGCCCGGAGCACCCAAUUUACAAGAAAUCAGAAAGUUGCAGGCGCUUUCAGAUUCCAGUCUUGCUGUAUGCGGAUGAGGGUCAAACCCUCAAGAAGCAAAGCAUAAUGAUUGUAGCGUUCCAGCCGGCCUUGGGGGCUGGUACGUUAUCAAGCCAGCAUCACCGUUCAAACGAGGAUGGAAUGGGGCUGAACUUUGCAGGAUCGAGUUACAGAACAAGGUUUUUGCUGUCGUGCCUGUUGAAGAACAAGUACCGCAAGUCUGCAGAGACCUUCGACGACCUCAUAAGGGUUUUGGUCAGUGAGUUCAAUCUGAUGUUCGAGGAGGGCAUCAGUGUGUGGCUGGCUUCCGGAAACCACAAACUUGGCCUAACCGUCAUAGGGGUGAAGGGGGACUGGCCCAUCCUCACGAGGAUGGGCUACUUGGGUCGCCAUUUUGGAAGGCUCGCAUUUGGGGAUGAUCGCCCAGGCAUCUGCCAUCUUUGUAUGGCGGGUGCUGAGGGGGUUCCGUAUCAUGAGUAUGAUGAACACGCCAAGUGGAUCCCGACCUAUUUGCAAAGUUCACCGUUCAGCCGUGAUGAUGGACCACUGAGUCAAUUGCAUCAAAGCCCUGCUCAAGAAAGGACCCUGUUGUAUGACAUCUUCCACGUUUGUCACAAAGGUGUCUUUGCUGAACUGUCUGGUUCGGCGAUAGCUCCUUGGAUCAUUUUCGCAAACAUCUUCUGUACAAAUAUAAAUUAA